AUGGUAGAAGAGGUAUUCGUCGAGUCAAGCUAUUCCGUGAUUCUAAGAAGGAUUGCAAAGUCUGCAAUUGAACAAGCUGAUAUCACACUUGAAGCCAAAAUCGUAUUAAUCGACACACUUCGCUAUAACACGUCCCGGAAGGUAACUCUAAGAACAGAGGUUGGGAAAGAAUACGAUUUUGACCAGGUAGUGAUCACGACACCGCUAGGAUGGCUUCAGAAGAACAUGGCUCGAGAGAGUCUUCGUCACGUUUCCCUCCGCGUUCUGGAUCUCGGGCGCGACGACGGCGGAUUCCUUCCCCGCGUACACGAACUGGCUCACGCCGUCGUACGCGCACGACAGCAACCCGCACGGCUGGCCCCAGGAGAUUUGAAAACUGGCCGCCCUCGCCGCGCCCAACAAGCACCCGACCAUCCUCUUCUACCUGUACGGCGACUACUCGCGGCACGUCUUCGGCGCGAUCCACGAGCAGCCGAGGGACAAGAAGUUCGCGUUCCUGCGGGACUUCCUCCGGCCCUACUACGCGCGGCUGCCGGGUCGUACUACAACACGGCGAGCGGGGCCUGCGCCCCGACGGCGAUCCUCGCCACCGAGUGGCUCAAAGACGACCUGUGCGGGAACGCGAGCUACUGCAACUUCCAGGUCGGCGUCGAGGAGGCGGACCAGGAUAUAUCCUCGCCAUUCGCGACGGCUGCGUGGGGCGCGGACUGUGGUUCUGCGGCGAACACGCGGCGCCGCUCGAAGAGUCGGGCACUGUCGCUGGCGCGUAUCUCUCGGGGGAAUCGGUCGGCGAGAGGAUUGUGGAACUAUACAGAGCCUCCUCGCGAACCCCAUUGCUUCAAGUGCUCGUCCGAGAUAAUCUCAGCAGGCGGCCCACACGCGCUCGAACGACUUGCCGAUCUCGAGCGACUUGAGAUGUGUCGAAGACUUGGAUCGUUACCUCGACGCAUGCCGUCCUACAAUGACAAAGAGUCAGCAGAUAUUUGUUUUAGGAAGGCAUCUGGAUUAGUGUCUGGGAGCUGUAUGUAA